GAUGAACUCUGUCUGGAGAUCGAACUGGAUGAACCAAGGGGAGGAAGGAGUGCCCAUGAAUAUGAUGAGGGCCACGUACAUGAAUCUGUACAAGUGGCCAGAAUCUGAUGCAGAGUUCAUAAGAUGUGUGAGCUCCAACAAGAGAACUGGGAACGCCGCCAUGGUGGACAGCAUCUCCUGCAGACAGAUGUUCCUGAGGAGCUACAGGUUUUCCAGGAAACAGAGUAUUGUUGAGAAGACUCACUCGUGUUUUCAGAGAGUGAAGCGAAGUCUGUGUUACGUGAUGAAGAAGAAGAAGAAGAAGCAGAGAAAGAUUCGGUUUAGGAGGAGGAAGUGCUUGGUUUGGAGGAAACUCAAGGCAAUCUCUUUCUUCACCCUCUUACGGAGGCUCUUGUCAUGCUCUGCUCUGCUUCACUAGUGACAACGUGGUGUGCUUACUUGAGAAUGGCUUUUCAUUAUCGUUUCCAAACCACAAAUUUGAUUCAUUCAUUUAUUUGUUGUGUUAAUUUGUUUUGUUGAUGGUCGAUCGAGAGAGAAGAAGCUGUUGGGUAUGAUUUUACUUUUGUUGUGAGCAUGGUUUGAAUGCCAUAAACGGCAUCGCAGGCAGCUUCGGGACAGAAAGUGCAUAUCGCUAUGGAUCACAGAUUUUUUUAAGGAACCAACCGUGUGUGAAUGGUUAGUUAUCCAGUGAGCUAUACCACCUCCUCUUGAAACGAUCUGAAUUCAAAUUCAACAUUGACAUGGGUUGCGUGGCCCCUCAAAUAAUUAUAUUUUUUAAGAGUAAAAACGGAAAAAAUAUUUUGGUCACUAGA